AUGGAGAUGCAGCUGCCUGAAGUGCCGUUGUUGAGAGUCUUCUCCUUCCUGGAUGCGUUCAGCCUGCUGCAGGUUUGCCAAGUGAACAAGCACUGGAACAUGGUUGCGGACAACGACCACCUGUGGAGAAGCCUGUGUCUGAGGAGAUGGAGCUUCUCCCCGCGCUGUCCGGACAUGCCCACGUGGAAGCAGUUCUUCCUCGCCCACGCGAAGCUGGAGCGCCGGAUGGCGUGGGCACAGCCGCAGGACUUUGCCUACCGGGAAGCGACGGGCAACCUCGGAAUCUUGGGACCUAUGGCUUUUCUCUCAGGAAGUGGCCACCCGAUGAGCGGGCAGGAGAAGUCAUUCAUUUGCACGGUGUCCUCGAGGCGCAUGCUUUAUGUCUGGGACGUGCAGGAGGGCACUAUGAUCUGGUCCAGCCCGGUCCAGCACUCGAGCUUCAAGUACCUGGCCACCCUCCCGCAGAUAUGUUUUGUGUUCACCGUGGAUGUACAGGAAACUGUCAAAGUGUGGAACUGUCAGGGUGUGGACGCUCUGGCUAAGCUCACCCUGCCCAAGGCCUGUUUUUCCUUGGAACCCAUCCUCACGAGCAAUGGCCCAGUCCUGAUGAUAGGCGAUUCUGAAGGUGACAUCUACACAUUUACAGUGCCUGAGUUAAGGAAUGUUUCUAAAGUUAAUGCAUUUUACUACAGCGUUGAUCUUCUGCACUGCUCUCCUAACAAGAAAUGGAUCUUUGCCUCCGGGACGCAUCAGCAUAUCUUACCUAAGGUCUUCUUUGCCGAGUGCUUACUGAGCCCGUCAGAAGGCUGUGCCCCUCUGUCCGUCUCCCUCCCAUUUGCAUUUUGCUGCAGAGCCUGCUGGGCCCCGAGGAGGGCAAACAGGGUAACACUGAUGUUCCGAAGAGCCUCUUGCAGAAAGACAGGGUUUACCACCUUUGAUCUAACAUCUGAGAGGACCGGGCGCGGGACAGUCAUCCAAGCCCAUCAGAUCGCAAGCUUCAUGUUGCCAGCUCGCAUGGAGAAUCCCAUUUGGAUGGGAGUCAGCGACGGAGAUUUGAUUGUCUUUGAGAGUGGGCCACACCUGUUUCUCUUCACCAUCAAUGGCCUCCUGCUGCAACGCUUUAACGAUCACCUGGGGACCAUCUGCAACCUCUGGGUGGACUCUCUCCAUGUCCUCACUACGUCCAUGGAUAACUACCUGCAUUUGUACAUGUGGGAAGAGGAAGGUCGUUAUCCACACCUCAAGAGCUGCUGUCACCUGCAACAGAGAAGGGAAGAUCAGACACCAAGCUGCUAUUUCUCCAAAGCAAUAUGUGAUAACAAGAGCAUAGUAUGUGUGGUGUCGAGAAAUCGUGAAUCCAGUGUUCUGGUGAUGUAUUCUUUGAAUAUGUGAUAUGGAAACUAAUGCAAUUAACCCUGCAUCAACCUCCUUGAUGUAGUAAAGAGAAUUCUAUUUGCAAACCCAGAAUGAUUAUUUUAGUGACAUGAGGAGAAAAGCAGUAAUUUAACUAUCUAUAACGAAUCAGACACUGGGACCGAUACUACAGAUCACACGCUAUUAAGACAGAGGGUGGAGGGACAUACCCUUUGUCCCUGCAGUCGGGGAGAGUGUAAAACGCUAAGGGAGUGAAGUACGAAAUGGUCACACACAUAUACAGUUCCAAACAAUUCAAGGGAAGCAACUUAUGGGGGAAAGUGUGAAUUUAGAUUGAGGUUGGUUUAAAAGUGAAGGCAUCUGUCUCAGAGAGUCCAUGUUCUUGCCUGUGAGCAGCCAAAAAUCAAUUCUGUAAAAUUUAAGCAAAAAGAAAGGUAUUGGGAAAAUAUAGAGAUUAAUAUCUAAAGGUAGCUGGAAGCGACUCAGAAUAGAGAUGGGAAUAAAAAUGCUCAGGACUAAGAAAUAGAAAAUAGCAUCAAAGGCUAAGUGGCAUGAAAGUCUUGAUUUGCAUGUCACCACAGCCGUUGUAAUGGGUGUGAUAGGGGACUGGCCCCUGUCCUGGCAUCUCUAGCUCAGGAUUCAGAGUUCUGGGAG